AAAAAUUCCUGGCGAAAGAACCACGUCCCUAUCAACAUGAUAUGUUAAAAUAGUUUAUUCGGCAAAGUUUGCUGUGCUACGAUCGGCUCCGUACGGUACCGUUCCGAAAACCUUGCGAAAAUCCCUUAAAAACCCGAACAUUUUUCCAGAUUGUGAAAGCACGGGUCUUUCUCUAUCCAAAUCGGCCCAAAAUCAGGCGAAAUACCCUGAAAAAUAAGAAAUAUUUGGAUAAAUCUAAGGCGGCCGUGCUGGUGUCCCCGCGUUCGGGUGUGAUCGGCUACCGUCGGCGCGUCGGCUGAACGCUUGAUGGAUACGUGCUUUCGGAGAAGCGGCAGCGAAAUCCCGUCACUGAAUAGGUGGCGUUGGUAGUAAGGUAAGAGAAACCCCUCAAUUGUUUUUGUAGCCGUGUUUUUGGGUUUUUCAUGGUUGUUUACGAGUGGUUGCAAGUGAGAAAUCGACGUGCGACAUCGUUCUAAUGCUGUAACAGAUCGAUAUUUUGCUGUUAAAACGUCAACAGAAAGACGGGCCGGAGAAAACUAUUAUAGAUACAUGGAUGUUCGUGAUGUAUACCUUUUGUCGGACCUCUGUGCACCUCCUACAUCAGUGCCAACGUGUAAAUCACCGUCAAAACAAUAUUAUAAAUCAGCAUCCAAAUGUCAUGGCAACUAGGGUCAACAGAAAAAAUGCCACCGGACCAUCUCCAAAAGAGGUAGUACCAACUGAGAAGCCGAACAAAAAUGAAAUUCCGGUUGAGCCAAUAACCCCAAAAAGCAGAGCGAAGGCGUCAAUUGGAAGGAGGAUAACCAAGAGGAAUCAAAAGAAUGUAGUCAAAACGAAUAACUUAGCUUUAAAAUUGAAGGCGAAAACAAAGAAUAGCAGGAUAAAUCCGUUGGCUAAGAACGUUAAGGCUGCAGUUAAGGUUGCUGGGAAUCGAAAUAAGUUGUUGAAGAACGGAGUUAAAGAAGUCAAACCAAGGAAGACCAAAAUACAGGUGAAGCAAGAAAAAGAAGACAUUGACAUAAAGGAGGAAGCACCACCAGUUCUAGAGCCUAUUUUUCCCUUAGAAGAAAAUGUCGACAAGAAACCAAAGAAACGUGUGACGGCAAAGAAGGCUCAAAAACUACCUCCUGAAGUAAUACCGGAACCUGAUCUGAGUAAAGUUAAAAUCGAGAAAGAAGAAUCGCCGGCUCCAAGCGAUGUGACUGACGUGUCUAAUCAGGAACUUCCAAAGCAAGUUAAAAAGAGCAGGUUACGCAGGGCUAAAACUGAGACAGAGACCUUGGAGGAUGUUAUGAACGACUUGUCGUUUUUGAUCAAGCAAGAGGUCAAAACUGAACCAGAUUACAUGUCGGAGUCGGGAAAAAGUGAUUCAACCACUCUGAAACCUAAGAAAUUAACCAAGAAGCAAAGGAUAGAACUCCUAAAACAGAGCAUAGUGAAGAAAGAGAAUUUAGAAAAUACGCUUAGUAAGCUGGAUGCAGCGGGUCAAAAAGUGAUUGAUAUGUUGGAUCUCAAUGUUAAGAAUAUUAAGAAAGUGGCAGACGUGAAAAGAAGGCAUAGUAUAGAGAAGUUUCCCAUAGGAAGUGAGCCCACUGAACUACCCCUAGCUUUUUUCGGUCCACUAACACUUCCAAGAAGUGGUAGCCCCCGAUCUAGGGGUGGUAUCAGGCGAAAAGCCAGCCCCUAUUCCACUAGAUCUGAUUCUCCGGCCAGGAAACUAAGAAGUGGCAGGCCGAGGAAAAACAUGGGGCUUUUAGAUGGGUUAGAGGAAACAAGAAAAAGAAGAAGGUUAUGUUCAGACUUGAGUACGGGCGACCUCUCAACAAGUAAAGUAAGUGGUUACGAGUCUGACAACAGUAGCUUCUCAGAUAUGACUUCUACUCAAAGUUCGGACCAACUAGACACUAAAGAACCUUGCGAUGAUAAACAGACUGCUUCUAAUGGACCAAUUAGCAUCAUAGAUACAAAUUCGAAUCUUUGCGAUAACCUGAACGAACUAAAAACCAAUUCCGUUGAGGAAAAUUUGAAUUUCAACACAGAAACUAGUGAGAAAGUACCACAUAAAUCGAUUAUUCUGGAUAUCAUGAAGAAAACAUUCAAUGAAAUGGGGGCAAACGAAACACACAUAGACACAAUGGAAACUACUAAGUUUUACGGAAAAAGUACAACUGAAAGAACUGAGGUAUUGGCUAAACCUGAAGAUGAGAAAGGGAUUCAAAGUAGAGUAGAAGACGCUGAGGAAAAGAUCGAACAACCGUCAGCUUGCGCAGAAGAAAGAGAAAUAAUUGAGCCAGGUGAACCAAAUGAGGUUCAAGAAGAUGAGCCCAUGGAACAAAUUGAACCUCCUGAACUAAGUGAACAAAAUGUAACAUUAGAAGACGCUCAGCAAGCUGUUCCAAUGGAAAAACCCCAUACUCCUGAAUCAAUAGGGCCACCUGAGUUAGUAGAGUCAAUCCACGCAUCCAUUGAACCACAUACAGUCACUGAACAAGAAUCUUUCACUGGUUCCGAUAUGGUUGGAGCGCCAACCAUACCUGAAGAAGCACCUGUGCUGGAAAGAGCUGUCCAGGAACAGGAAUUUAGUACUCAGGAAUCUCAUGACAUGGAAAUCGACACAGAAUGCAACAACAAGGACGUUGAACAUAGAGAAAAAAAAACUCACACUGACUGUCAUGAAGCCUCUUUAAAAUCUUCGGAAGAUUCGGUUGAGGAAGAGCUGAUUGAUGAUGCUGCGAAAAAAGAUGAAGAAAUUGAUCUGGAAAAUGGUGCUAAUACUAGUGUAGGAAAUAUGGAGGUGGACAGGACAGCAGCUACGGUUGAAGAGACUGAUAGAAAUAAAGAAGACAUUAUAGGCUCUUGUUCUAAAAUGACUGAAAAUAAUGAGGCUGUUGAGAGCGAGGAAGAUGUGCCUGAUGAAUACAAUAUCCUCAAGGCAUUGGGACUACAGAGUCUUCGCGCUGCGGCUCAAGAUAAACAAAAGCCUAAACCCACGGAUGUGAAAGGGGAUGUUUAUACGGGCACCCUGAAGACUGUGAUUAAAAUAAAUAGAGAUAAGAGGAAAGGAGGAAGAAAAGUCGUUGGCCAUAAAGGGAAAUCGAAUAAGGGAAAUGAUGAUGACCAAACGACCACUGAGGAGAGCUCUAAGGAUAGUGUUAAGGGUGGAAAAGAGGGGCAAUCUACAAGCUGGAGACAUGCAGCUCACUCUUCGGACACAGCUGGUGCGAGAAAGUCUCAUUAUUCUAACAGAUCUAACAUGGAUGGUAGUAGUGAGCAUACAUCUGAUGGUGAGGCAGCACCUGUCCAAGAUGGCACUGUUAAAGCUCUUGUUAUACCAGAAAAAGCCAGUUCGUUCAGUAUUCAUCCAGGAAGGUUAUGUAAGGACGAAUGUUCGUACUGUUUCGGAAAAUUCGGACUUUUUGACACGCCCUGUCAUAUCGCGCAGAUGAAAAGCGUCGAGAGACAGGAUAAAAUAUUGGCGACUGAGAAGCAUUUGACAAGGGACUCGUGCCUCUGUGAUGCAUGCUACAGGCAUGUGGAUAGAAAGUCGAAUACACCUUCAUAUAGUAACAGGUCACUAAAACGAAGUGCUUUGGUGGCACCAGGGCCAAGACAGAACCACUGCCAUGUUUUAGGCUGUGACAAGGAAGCCACAAAUAUACUUAGGAGGAAAUGGAUCAUCAAGAUGAGGAAGAGUAUAUGUCAAGAGAUCAACAUCGACUUGGACAACCCUGGUCUACACUCCAUUCCCAUUUGUUCCGAACACCAUGCCCGUUUGGAACAUCUAAUGGUAUGCGCGAUGUGCAAACGCCGCCUGGCUCGAAACCACGCCCACCGUGUGCCGACGUCCGAAGCGCAAACUCUAGCGGAGGCCUUGGAAAAAGCCGAUAUACCAAUUCAGCUGGCGGAAAGACCGGUGAUAUGCAAACUGUGCAAGUGUUUCGGCACGAUGGCUGUGAGGCGAAUGCAAGAGGAUGAUGAAGAUGAUGAAGCUGGGGAAGAAGAGUUUUUCAGUGGGUACAAGAGAAGAUUACUACAUUUCAAUGACAUAGCGAAAAUGGACGAAGCUGCAGCAGAGGAACCUUUAACAAUGCCGAGUAGGAUAGAAAAGAAGAAAAAACUAGUCAAAAAUUCAAACGAAGAUGGAGGAUACGAAGAAACUGGAGAAACGCCCGAAAAAAGGGAAAGAGUUCCCUCAUCUGAUAUGAGCCAAUCCCAGUCCCGAUCAGAAUCGCCUAGUGACGACUAUAACGGGGUAGACUACAACACUUUGAUUCCAGCUAUUGCAAUGGAUUGUGGUAGUGAUAGCGAUUUCAGAAAGGAUUCACCUGGACCUGGUAAUGGCUAUGGUUCUGCGCAAGUACCUCCCAGGAAACCUGGAGAUAUACAAAACCUGCCUUCCGUCGAAAUAACCAAAAUAUCAAAACUGUCCGACUCGAAUAAGAAUGGUGAUUUGGCAGUACAAAAGCUUGGAUGUAACCCAUCUAUAUCAGUGAGGCAGCUAUUUCCUGGUGAGGAGGAACUACCCCUGAAUGCGCAUAUUGACUUCAACAGUGUGAAAGAUAAAACCCCAGAAGGAUGGGAGAGGGGUACCACUACAAUACAGUACGACUUGGAAACUAAAAGAUUAUGGCAGGAGCUCCAGAAACCCUACGGCAACCAAAGCAGUUUCAUGAGGCAUCUGAUCCUUCUAGAAAAAUACUUCCGUAAUGGUGACUUGGUACUGUCUCCAAGAGCCAGUCAUCACUCAAUAAACUACAGCGAGUCAGUUCAUAAUAGACUGAGAGCAUAUGAUAACAUACCUAGCAGUGCUGGUAACAUUCAACCGCUUACUAUGUUGCAGUUUAACAAAAUGCAAAGGAGCAGUAGUGGGAUUAUCACGAGUGCAUCAGCUAACCCUUCUGCUACAAUUACAUCUGUAUCCUCUAAGAGCCAAUCGGUACCUGCGUCUCUACCUGUAGCUACUACGAUAAUCAGAAGUACCCCUGGUAGCAUAGGAGGUGGUUCCGUAACGCUUACUCAAGUACCAACGCCUCCAGUGCGACCCCCAUCUAAGGGUCCUCCAGGUUUGAUUUCAAUCCAAUCAAAGCCACAAAUGCCACCUACAAGUAUGCCUGAGGCAAGGCCAAUGGGCAGACCUCCAUUGCGCAUGGAGGGGCCGUCACCCCCCGGACCACCAGUACCUAUUCCACCACAAUCCCAGAAAAUCAAAUUCCCAAUAACAAAGAACUGGAGACCAAAUUUGAUACCAAUUGAGCCAGGCAAGGGAUUGACUAGACAGAAAGGUUUGGUGCAGGUGAUAUCGGGUGGCAAGCCGUUCCACAUAACCCUGGAAGACUACAAGAAGAUGUGCGCCAUCAAGCGUAGUUUCGAGAUGAAGCAGCGGCGCAUGCAAGAGGCGGCAGUCAGCAGAGCGAAUUCCGCCGCUCUGGCGAAAGCGCAGGCGUCAUCGGGCAGACGGGGGCUGAUCAUCAGCAAGACGAUGGUACCGACACCUGCCGGUGGUCCACAACCGCUCCAUGUCGCCAUGGGGUACGCUCCUCCUCCUGUCGGGACCAGUAAGGAGCAGCCACUCAUUGGGCCUGGUAUCGAGGUCAUCGAAAAGACAACGCCUACAGAACUGAAUGGCAGCGAAUCCAACGAAAACAUCCUCGAGAAAUUGGACAAACAUGUAGAGAAGAUUGGCGCCAACAUCCUGCCGAAAAUACCGAAGUCGCUAACGGUGAUACCUCAAACCGUACCCAGAAAGCCUCAGAGACCGGAUAGUCCAAUCUUACAGAUCACAAAAGCCAACAGGUCCUGAAUAAACAAAAUCGCAUCCCAACUAAAAAAUUGAAUCAUGAAUCGGUAAACAUGUUCAAUCCGAAGAAUGCGGUCAGUGGGGAAACCUAUGGGAUACUCGGAUCAAUUGGAAAUCCAAACAUUACAGGUCUAUAGAUGAGCGGAUAAUCCGUAUAAUGCGGAAGCGGCAUAUCUGGAUCUGACGAAUCACCACUAACCAGAAUACAAAGUCAGCCAAUCAGAUUUGUGCGUAUGUUCUAAGGAACAGAUGAAAUCUCUAGCUUGGAUUCGUACGAAUCUUAUACGUCGCAUCAGAUUUGUUAUGUUAUCCACCCGUCUAUAGGCCACUAAUUGAUUGAAGUAUACAAACGCCUCGUAAUACUGGUCUGUGAAUAUUUUCAUAAUGGUACCAUAUGGAUGAAACACCAAAUUCCAAGAAUACAUCAUGCAGUUUUCUUCAGAACAUUAUAUCAACAUAACACUUAAUUCUUCACAAUACUCACUCGAAAGAGUUAAUUUCAUAUUUUUGGUACAUUUUAGGGACAUGAAGAACUUUAUGAAAUCUUGGAAAACGGUGCAGUUGAUAGACAUUUACAACAAAUUACAGCUAACGCGUCAUAAAGUAGACUUGUUAGUUGGUAUUGAGACAAUUUUUAAGUGCCUACCCCAAGUUUGUUCAAUUUUGGUUGAAUUAUUAUGGGAUAUUGACUUAAUUUAUGACCAAUGACGAAGAAUUAUUUUCACUACAUCUUUCGUGACUGUAUACGAAAUACUUUAUCAUGAUGUUGAGUCACUCACACUCACAGAUGUACCUUGAAUUUACUCAAAUAAAGAUUUAGUAAUCUACAUUAUAGAAACGGAAGUUCAUUAUUCAAAAUGAUGCUUUUACCUAUCUCUUAAAAAUGCAGCAAAUUGUGUUAUUUUAUACAAUAACCCAUAUAAACAACAUUGCAAAAUAAUAAAAAUAUCUAUUCAUGUUAUUUUUGAGUUUUUUCCUUAUGUAUUAAGCUUUAUCAGAUAUAAAUAUAUAUAUAUAUAUAUAUAUAUAUAUAUAUAUAUAUAUAUAUAUAUUAUGUCAUAUUCAGUGCCUAAGAACACGAUAUUGUAAAUAGCAAACAAUAAGGAAGGAAUAGUAGAUUAAAAAAUAUCUGCGAUAUACAGCUAAUAAAAAAUGUUUUGGAAGAAAGUACAAAAAAUAUUAUUGUUUUUAUAUUAUUUUUUGAACUGAACCUGUAGCAAAUGCUGCAUUUAUUUCAUAGAACAUCUUUAAGAAUGAUUAGACUCACAUAUAGAUUUUGCGAUUUGCCUGACCUAUAAAACAUGUUUAUUAUAUGUCCCAAUAUUUUGGCUAAACUUUUUUUAUAUUAAGAGGUUCAAUAUUGAAGCCAUUGAUUGAUUUUCAUAAAUAUACUAAAAUUGGAAAUUUAAUUACUAAGUUGUUAUUGAAUGAAAUUAUAUAUCUAUAACUAUUUUUUUAAUGUGUAAAAUAUUGUAGAUAUUUAUUAUAAAUCUAUAUGGAAAAGAAAUAAAAAUGUUUAAUCUUUAGUAGCAAUAAAGCUUAAAAUUGUUACUGCACCUUCUGUUAUGAAAUAAUCCCAAACGUAGGCAUUCUGCAUCAUCUGAUUAAACAGACAACAAAAAUGAAAAUACGCAUACACAUUUCUAAAUCAUUUUUGUAUGGACCUUCAUUUUGCUGCAUAUAGAUAAAUACAUUUACUCAUGGGUAGAAUACAACACAAACUUGCUUGAGAAUGAAGUUGAAAUGUAAAUUCUUCUAAUAUAAUGAACCAAUAUCAAAUUUUGUAGUCAUUUAUUUUUUUGGAGUAAACACAUUUACGCUUGAGUAGACUUAAAUGAGAAUACUUAUCUCUGAAGCUGUCAAUUAAUCUCGUGUUGUAUGACAAUUUUAAUUUCUGAAAUUUAUUUCAAAUUUCACAAUUUGAUAAAAGGUGUAGACCUGAUUGUAGAAACUUUUUCUUUUACUGACAUAUCUAUAGGCAUUCAAAAAUAAAAAAAAUUCAAAAAGAUCUAUUGAAUCAAUACUCUAGUUCUUUUAAGUUGUACAACAUUAUGAUUGAAAAUAGAAAUUAUAACUUGACAUCUGUAGUCAAGCUCAGUUAUACAAACAAAAUGAUUUUUGAAAUAAACGUGUGAAGCGACACUUGAUAGACAAGAUCAAGGGGACACUCAAGUGCUAGGGAUCAUAUGUUCUUUUGUAUCAAGGCAUGCAUGAGCAGUUUUGGAACAUUCUCAACUUAUAUUAGUGUUGACUUGGCUUUGGUUUAUUCAAGCUGCGAGUUGCUGCAUCCUACAGACAUAAGUUGGACACCCAUUUCUUAAUUGAUUUGUAGAAUAACAUUUAAUUUAUUUAUCAAUAUAUUUAGUUCUUCUAGAUGUUAAGGGUGAUUUUUUUAUAUAUCAAUACCAGUACAUAUGCAUAUAGAGCAUAGAUCAACAUUAUACAGAAAUUGUUUUCAAAUUGCUGAAAAAAAGGAUUUUUGUCUUAAGAGCAUACUUUUACUUAACACCCAAUAAAGCACUUGCUUUAGAUGGUUCACUUCUCAGUUACAAGGUAUUCAAAAUUUUAAGAUGGACAGAUAUACUGAUUUAGCCAUAAAUUAUUCCUUUCAUCAAAGAAAAAACCUAUAUUCAGUUUGAACUCUCAUAAUGGAUUUAUUUACACUUACUUUAAGCUUGAAAUGAGAUUGCAAUUCCUUGUUUCAAUCUCUUUUUUUAUACUUUAUACUACCAUCAUCAAUUGUCAUUUUCUGAGAUGUAUUUAUUUCAACAAAAGAUCAUUUAUUGCUUUUUUAAUUUUAUUCAUAUCAGCUUGAUAUUGUUGUAAUUUCAUAACAUGAGAAUUUGCUGUUUUUGUAAACAUAUAAAAUCAUAACACAGUAAUUUAUCAAUAUUUAUUAAUCAAAAAAUCAAGAAACCGUAGAUUGUUAAAAGACAUUUCAGUGGAUGACAACUUUGAAAGAUAUACCCACAUAUUUUUUGUAAUUUAGUUUGUAAGCAUAUCAGUAUCUUUUUUUUGAUGAUUUACAGCAUAUAGAGUGAAAGGCUAUUUUCCUAGAAGAAUGGAAAUGUCUGAUGAUUGUUGAUUUAUUAUGUAUUGUGUAUAGAACCUGUUUAGUUUAUGGAUCUAUUGAACCAAUUAUGAAACUGUUAAUGUACAUAGUAAGUGGGCAGACUUUAAUACAAAAUUAAUCUUUCAA